AUGAAAAUUGAUACAAGGAUCACGACACUGGGGCAUAUCAAACGCGGUGGUAGUCCAUGUGUUUAUGAUCGGUGUCUGGCUACUAUUCAAAGCGUUGAAGCUGUGGAAGCAGCUCUUCGAGCAACACCUGAUAUACCGUCUCCGAUGAUUGGUAUAAGAGCGAAUAAAAUAACAUGCGAGCCAUUAAUGGACGCUGUUAAAUUGACCCAUCAAGGUGCUGAAGCUAUUAAAGAAAAAAACUUUCGUAGAGCAAUGGAAGAUGAUUAUGAAACGUAUCUGUCUACAACCCUUAUAAACGAUAAUGCACAAUCAUUGCAAGGAAAUCAUAGCUUAAAGAUAGGUAUAAUUCAUGUUGGUGCGCCUACUGGCGGAAUGAAUGCAGCGACGCGUGUUGCCGUUCGAUUUACUAUUAAUCGCGAUCAUAAACCUAUAGCUAUAUAUAAUGGCCUAUCUGGUGGAUCUGAGCUUGGUACAAAUAAAACCGAAGUUGAUGAUUUAGGCAUGGUUGCAUUUCAAUUACAAAAGCAAGGAAUAAAUGCUUUACUUAUUAUUGGAAGUUUUAAGCCUAUACUUCUUUGA